GAUGGCCGUAAGGCUCGCGGUGCACAUUGUGUUGAGAUUGCGUUGAGUUUGUUUAUCGCGAUAUUUUCGUGGCAAGAAAAAUUCUGUGACUCUCAUUCGGGCGGACCGAUCAUCGCUACGUAUCCCCGUGAAAAUCACAUUCGGAUGAGUCGUAUUUGUCGCAGCGGCUCAUAGAAACUACGUAUUUGCUUCUCUUGACAGUUCUGUCCCGUGUUCGGAGUAGCAAUAGCCACUCGAGUGCCACGACAAGUGUCGUUACGUCGCUACUCAGGUGACUUUUUCAGAACAGCAGCCGUCCUAAUGACGUCGUGUAUGUGAUAAAACGAUACGAAAGGAGUCUUUGUCGACACGGGGACGGCGACCGAUCCCCCUCCCCUCCCCCUACACCCGUCGGCAAUUCUUUUUCUUUUCACCCUUACUGGAGACACGCGCAUCGAAAGCGUCUAAGAUAAAAUGGCGGAGGAUGGCGCAGGAGGGUCGGGAAAUAGCAGCACGGGGGAGGCGAGUCGAUUGCAACUGCUGCAAGAAAUGCGGCAGCAAAAUUUUGAUAGCAUUCGAUUUGCUUCAUACCGAACUGCAUGCAAGUUGCGAUUCAUUCAGAAGAAAGUUCAUUUACAUAACGUGGAUAUAUGGAACGUGAUCGAAGCAUUUCGAGAGAAUGGUUUAAACACGUUGGAACCAUCGAGCACGUUGGGAGUAUCGAGGUUGGAAACUUUAUUGUCUUCCUUAUUUCACGCCCUUAACAAACGAGUGCCUGUCUCGCAACAAGCCAAAGUCGAUGCUACAACCGCUCUGUUGAUGAACUGGUUACUUGCUGCCUAUACUACAGGGGAAAAUAACAAGAUAUCCGUUUUUUCGGUGAAGGUAGCGUUAGCUACGUUAUGUGCUGGAAAACUAAUGGACAAAUUUCGAUAUAUAUAUUCACAAAUAUCGGAUAGUAAUGGUCAUAUGAUACACUGGAGAUUCUCCGAGUAUUUGAAGGAAGUUCUAGCGUUAACGGCUGCCGUUUAUGAAUCGCCAUCAUUUGGAUACUCAGAGGGUCUCGCCAAUUCAAUAUUCCCCCAAAAUUCAAAAGUCACGGUUAACGAUUUUUUGGAUACGCUUAUGUCUGAUCCAGGACCACACUGUUUAAUUUGGCUUCCAUUGUAUCAUAGGAUGGCUGCUGUUGAAACAGUGGCCCAUCCCGUCAUGUGUGACGCGUGUCAUAAAGAGAACUUCACCGGUUUCCGAUAUAGAUGUCAGAAAUGCCACUCGUACCAGCUUUGCCAAGAUUGUUUUUGGCGCGGCAAAGUUUCUGGGACACAUAAUAACGAUCAUGAAACGAGGGAGUACAGUAGUUUUAAAUCGCCGAGCAAACAAAUCGGUCAUUCCUUACGGAAGAGCUUCAGAUGCGUACCUGAGAAAGGGAAAAAUAGUUUACCAAGAUUUCCGGAACAGCCCGAAAAGACGUUAGAUUUAUCACACAUAGUCCCGCCAUCACCUUUACCAUCUCACAACGGUUUUCCAGAUCCAGGUUUUAUGGCUCCCUUUGAUUCCGGAUCGAUGGACAGUCGUUCUACUUUAAGGAGUAUGGAUAGUUCAAGACUGGAUGAUGAACAUAAAUUAAUAGCACGAUACGCACAAAGGUUGGCUCAGGAAGCUAGGACUAUGCCUCGUGCAGCAUCCAGACUGUCGCAAGCUGACCAAGCAGGUAGGGCACCGUCUGAUGCUAACUUGGCAUCGUUAGAUGCCUCGAGGGCACAACGCGAACUUAUAUCGCAAUUAGAGGCAAAGAACAAGGAAAUAAUGCGCGAGAUUGCAAGGUUAAGGAGACAACAAGAAAUAGAAGCAGCUGGUUUGGAAAAUCCUGCACUUAUGUCAGAACUAAGAGCCUUGAGGCAAAGAAAAGACGAAUUAGAAACUCAUUUAGCAACAUUACAAGAUUCUAGAAGGCAAUUAAUGGUGCAGCUGGAAGGUUUAAUGAAAAUGUUAAAGAAUCACCAAGCAUCUCCAAGAUCAACACCAAAUAGUUCACCACGAAGUACAAAAUCACCACCUUUACCUCCUGGUGCAGUACCAAGUAGUAGAUCAGCUCCGCCAACUCCAGGUGGUCCACUUUCUACAACACCACAACAACAACAGCAACAACAACAGCAGCAGCAGCAGCAAUCCCAAAGUCAACAACAAAUGUCUCAAAGCUAUCAGAAUCCCGUUCCAACAACAUCAGUGGCGAAUGUAACCAAUAAUACCAUGCUGGGAACAAUACAAAAUCCUAUUCCAGAUAACUUAUCAUGUGUUGGAGGCGACGUAAGGUCUGCGUUCAGGACAAACAGCUUGCCAGGAAGUGGUUCCAGCAGUGCGAAUAAUAGCUUGGGCCGAUCCUUACGAAAUGACUUAUUGGUAGCUGCUGACAGUGUUACUAAUGCCAUGUCGACACUCGUGAGGGAAUUGAAUUCGGACUCAGACCAGGAGGAUCAUUCUCACAACUCUGGCCGAAUUAACAUCAGAAAGCCGUUAGAUUUCGAGGCUGGCGAGGAUGGCGAUGAUAGUAGCGGCGGCGGAAACUCUUGGCGAGAAGAGCUUCAGCGACGUUAUCAGCAAGAAAAUGAUUUUCUAGCUGAAUUACGCGCACGCAAUGUUAAUAUCUCGCAAACGCCAUCGGCCACCCCAUCCAGCGAGCAAGAACAAGAAAGAGGCGAAAGGGAAGAAGCAGACGGAGAGAAGGAGGAUGAAAAUGAAUCUAACUGGACAGAAUCGGCGAAGAAAUGGGUCAACCGAUAAGUUUGUUAUACAUUUGACAUUUCUAUGUAUUCUAACGGCUUAGAAACUGCUACCAAAUGAAACGCAAAAAAUAAGUUACCGUAGCUCCACUGGUUAUUUAUGAUAGACAUAUAUCUGGGUGUUAGUGUGAAAUGUAACCGAUACGACAGUAGAUUUUGGACAGUAUUUAAAACAAAAGUCUUACAUUUUCGAAGCAGUACUUUUAAUCAAAAAAAAAAAAAAAACAAAAAAAAACAAAAAAAAACGAAACAAAAAAUUAUCAUCUCAUCAUGUCAGUAAAGUGAGAGAUCGUAAAAUAUCUUGAUACAAAUUUUAACAAAUUAAAUAAUACAAAAUAAAAAGAUGUGAACUUCUCUUAUUUAGGAUUCAUUAUUUAACGCAUUUCGUAAAAUGUGAAAUUUCAUCGUUUUCCUGCUGUUACUAGAAUAUUGUUUCCUAUUGUUACGUUUACACUAUGUUUUAGGUAUUUAUAUACUGAUAUUUAUACUUUUCCUAAAAAACAGACAUGUAUGAACUUUCUGAACGAGCAAUUUCUUUUAUACAUAUGUCGUUUUCUUUAUUUCUGUAACUGUAAUUAAAUACAGGGUUUAAAAAUAAUGCCACAAACAACUGAACAAGCAAAGAAUCUGGCGGUAUCUGCGGGCCUAAGAAUAUGAGAUCUUUAAAUGGCUACAUACAAUAAGAAACUUUCUCUCAUUCACUUUCAUACACUUAUUAAAUCCGCAUACGAAACAUUACAUUUAUACAACUUUGUCAUGAAAAUACGAAAAGAUAUGAAAUUAAAUCUGAGCGCUCAAUACGAAAUGACAUUUGGUCUAUCGUGUGUUGGUGUCCAAAAAAAAAAAAAAAAAUGAAAGAAAUUUUUGCACAGGUCCGUUCGACCAACUUUGUACAAGGAGGUAAGUAGAUAUAAUUAAAGAACUUUUUUAAAAGUCAUAAUAAAGGAGAUUGUUGACGAAUGCUUAGUUGCAGAGUCCAGAAGUUUUUUUGUACAUUCAUACGAAUUAGAUACAGUAUUCAAUAUAAACUUCACAGUU